AACACAUGAGAGAAUACAUACAGGAGAAAAGCCGUACCACUGCUCCAAGUGUGAAAAAGGUUUUAACCAGUUAGGAAACUUGAAGCGGCAUGAGAGAAUACAUACAGGAGAAAAGCCGUACCACUGCUCCCACUGUGGAAAGCGUUUUAACCAGUUAUGGGACCUGAAAGGCCACAUGACUUUGCACACAGCGGAGAAGCCUUAUCGCUGCUCCCUUUGCGGGAAGAGUUUUACCGUGUUAGGGAGCUUGAAAAUACACGAGAUAAAUCACAGAAGGGAGAAGCCUUACCACUGCUCCCACUGUGAAAACAGUUUUACCGAGUUAGGGAGCAUGAAAAUACAUGAGAGAAUACACACAGGAGAGAAGCCUUACUACUGCUCCCAGUGUGGAAAGAGAUUUACCCAGUUAGGAAGCCUGAAAGAGCAUAAGAUACUGCACACAAGGGAGAAGCCUUACCCCUGCUCCCUUUGUGUAAAUAGAUUUUCCUCACCAAGGUGCCUGAAAAGACAUGAGAGGACACACACAGGCGAUAAACCUUUCCAAUGCUCCCAGUGUGGAAAGAGGUUUUCCUUGUUAGCAAGCCUAAAAAGACAUGAGAGGACACACACAGGAAAUAAGACUCAUCACUGCUCCCAGUGUGGAAAGAGUUUUAACCUUAAAGAAUACCUGAAAGUGCAUGAGAGAAUACACACAGGGGAGAAGCGAGAGAAGCAAUUCCAUUGCUCCCAGUGUGGAAAGAGUUUUUCCUUGUUAGCGAGCCUGAAAAGACAUGAGAGGACUCACACAGGAGAGAAGCCUCAUCACUGCUCCCAGUGUGGAACGAGUUUUAAGCUGAAAGGACAACUGAAACAGCAUGAGAGAAUACACACAGGGGAGAAGCCCUACCACUGCUCCCAAUGUGAAAAGAGUUUUGCCUGGUUAGGGGACCUGAGAAGACACGAGAGGAUACAUACUGGAGAGAAGCCUCAUCACUGCUCCCAGUGUGGAAAGAGUUUUACCCAGUUAAGACACAUGAAAAGACAUGAGAUAAUACACACAGGAGAUAAGAAUGUAGGUGGAACUGUGGGACAUAGGACAGGUAUAAACUGAACAGUGGAACAUAGGACAGAUGAAGGCCCAAUACAUGGUGGGUCAGUAGUCCCCAGAGACUCUGAAUGUGUCUUGACUUUCCAGUAUUUUCCCCCCUGCAUGUAUUAUAGUGGAUUGUGUUUGUGGAUGUGUUUUCUGGGUGCAGGUUUUGGUUUGUGCCCUACCACAGCUGAUUCAGAUAACCAACUCAUCAUCAAGCUUUUCUGAAUGGGCUGUGUGGUGUUAGAGGACCUGGAAUCACAUGAGAGAAUACAGAGGCUUUGUUCUCACUGUUGUCUUUGACUGAGAAUUAUUCAGAUUUUUCUAUUUUUCUUUAAGUUGUUGAAUUGUUCCGGAUUCACUGACCUUCAUGUCUUAAAGUAAUGAUGGACUGUCGUUUCCCUU